AUGGGAGAGAGUGGAGGUUCCGAGGUGGUCUCUGGUCUCAGUACAUUCACUCACUUCUGCCGUGCAAGAGCCAGGAAGAAUCCCAAUUGUCCUUUUUCAAAAAAAGACAGACAAAUGGCAGCCUGUAUCAUUUUGAAGCUGAAAAAAUGGCCAUGGUCUGUGUUGUUGCCCCUGCAGCUGCAUCUGAUCCACUGGAACUCCACCCUGUUUGGAAGCAUCGAUGAGGCUGUGGGGAAGCCUCAUGGAAUCGCCAUUAUUGCUCUGUUUGUUCAGAUAGGAAAGGAACAUGUUGGCUUAAAAGCUGUGACUGAAAUUCUUCAGGAUAUUCAGUAUAAGGGAAAGUCCAAAAUAAUACCAUGCUUUAAUCCCAAUACUUUAUUACCAGAUCCCUUGCUGCGGGAUUACUGGGUAUAUGAAGGCUCUCUUACGAUCCCACCGUGCAGUGAAGGUGUGACCUGGAUAUUGUUCCGGUACCCCUUAACUAUAUCUCAGCUACAGAUAGAAGAAUUCCGGAGGCUGAGGACACAUGUUAAGGGGGCAGAACUUGUGGAAGGCUGUGAUGGGAUCUUGGGAGACAACUUUCGACCCACUCAGCCACUUAGUGACAGAGUCAUUAGAGCUGCAUUUCAGUAGCCAAAGAUCGCAGGAAUGAGUCCAUCUUCAUCAGGGAAGAAGACAAUGGUCCAAUUGUGCCCUUGGACAGAAACGGAAACUUCUGAGCUGCAGCUUCAGUUUCUCUCAAAGCCUGCAUUGUUUGUCUUCAUCUAAUCCAGCUUUGACGGACGUCUGUGACAGUUGCCUAUACACGUGCUAUAAUGAAAUAGUAGGAAUGACUGAACAUUCAGAAGAAACCCAGAUUCUAUAUCCACAUCACUGCUGCUAGGAUUCCGAUUUUUGCACAUACUGUUUAUUGCUUCUGUGUAGGAGGAAUGAAACUAGUUUUCAGAUUUGUUAUUAAUAUGAGUAUAUAUCAUGUAUUAAUAUUGAGGCAGUGGUCCUUCAUUUCCUGUCUCCAGCAGAAAAUUCGCUCAGAGACUAGAGUAAUUCUUGAUAAUAAAGUAAGAAUUUUGAUUAAGAAUAGCAUAGAGCUUCAAAAUGUGAAGAUGAAGGAUUAGUCAAAAUCAAGUCUCAUGUUCUUUUACAGCACCCAUGCCACAAUUACUGUCCGGCUGAUUUGUCAUGGAAAACAUUUUGGAAUUAAUGCAUCAAUGUAAUACAUUCUGUAUUACUUUCUUAGUUAAAGGAUUUAGUUAAAUAUAUGAAUCUUAUAGUAUUUAUUUGACAUGUUUGCAGCUGUGAUUUUUAGGAAUUUGAGAAAAGUAUAAGAAAUAUUUAGGAUGAAAAGAAGGUGGGUAUAAUGUACCAGGAAUAGCUUUAUUUUCCAUGUGUAGAAAUAUAAAUUUAAUAGUAUUCUAUAUUAAUUUAGUGUUGUAUACUUUGUAAAACUUAAAAAUAUUUUAUUCUAUGAAUUUCAUUUUUCAGUAUGUGAAGACAUUUCUUUCAAAGAUGACCAUCGAUAUUUUUGUUUAAAUUAAUUUUAAGUAUGACUGGCAAGCUGAGGCAUAUGCUUAGCUGCAGUUAGGUGGAAUGAGGUAAUUUCUGUAAAACAACAGAGUGCCUGCCACAAAGCAUGUACUUAAUAAAUGUUAUUUGUUAUUGAUAUAAUUGUUGUAAAACUAAUGACUUUGAUAACACAGUUCCAGUUUGGAGGGAUUUUUUGAUACAAAAUAUUUCAGUUAAAAUACAAAUAAUACAGAUGGAAAAAGUAUUUGUUCAGAGGCUCUGGAAGUGUUGGGUAGAGGUUGUAAUAAUGGAAGCAUAAAUAUAAAUAAAACUCACACCAGAUUUCCCUGAAAACAAGCAAAGGUGGUUCAUCAUGGAGUCGUGCUGGGGAAAGGACCAGAAGCUGUGGGAAAGUGAGGGAAAGUGGGGCGUUGGGAGGGGUCGAGGUCUGCAGUAGCCCUGGGCCACAUCAGGGCAGAGAGAGGCCCCCUAGAUACUUUUUGCAAUUUCUAGUACUUAGAAUCAGGAAAUGGCAAAGUGUGGCUGCAAAACCGUGACAUAAAAUUUAUACCUUACAGACCAAUACUGUUCCAACCAAGCCAAACAUUGGCCGCACAGAUCACCUUGUUUCCCGUUAACGUCAAGACACUAGAUCUGGAGCAUUUCGCGAGUGAGACAGUCAGAUGACACCCUGUUGCCCCUUUGUAAGGCCUCUGUCCAGGCCCUGGGAGAGGCGGAGGUACCAGCUCUGUUCCGCUGACAGGUUGGUACUGAGCAGCUGGGCACUGCGCUUGGACUUUUUAAUAACUUCUUGUGCCUUUUGCAGUCUCCUGCCUCUCUCCCUGGAACAUAUCAAAUAAACAUAACAGCCACAAAAAUGAUUUCCAAUUACUUUCAGAGUGAUACUUGGUUUCCCGUAUUUCAUCCUUCAUACUGUGUUUUUAUUUUUUAAUUUAAGCAAUAAAAUUUAUUUAUAUUUGCUGAGUCAAAAGACAGAAAUGGAUUACUUGGUACAGAUCAAAAUGUCCAUUGCUGAAAUUAUGUGGAGGCUUAAUUUUUUUUUAAGUUGCCAGAGAGUGAGUGU